AUGGGCAUUUACACUCGGCUCCCCGAAAGCAUUGUCGAGGUCGACAUUAUCAUCGCCGGCGGCGGUACCGCGGGGUGUGUCGUUGCUUCCAGACUCGCCGAUGCCGAUCCCUCACUGUCCAUCCUCGUGGUCGAGGGCGGGCAGAACAACAAGGGCAACCACUUGAUUGCGUUCCCACUCCUUUUUCCAACUGCACUGCUUCCAACCAGUACCGCAACCCUAUUUUACAAGGGAAAUGCGGAGCCGCAGUUGGACAAUCGCGAAAUGAUCGUCCCAGCAGGUGGAGUUCUGGGCGGAGGGUCAUCAAUCAACUUGAUGAUGUACAGUCGUGCUCAACGCCAUGAUUGGGAUUCGUGGGCCACUCCCGGAUGGUCUACAGAUGAGAUGAUCCCCUUCUUAAAAAAGCUUGAGACAUAUCACGGUCCGGGCCCUGACUCUGUUCAUGGAAGAAAUGGCCCUAUUGUUGUGUCCCCGGGAACGUUCUACUCUGAGCGUACGGCAGAGCAAUUCAUUGCUGCCGCCAAUGAGGUCGGCUAUCCGACGGUCAAUGAUCUUCAAGACCUCGACACUAGCAACGGCGUUCAACGCGCCCUCCGCUUUGUUGACAAGGAGGGCCGCCGCCAGGAUGCCGCCAGCAACUACUUGCAUCCGAAGCUGGUAGAUGGAGCACACCCAAACCUCCACGUCCUCGUUGAGACCAAGGUAAUCAAGAUCCUGUUCGAGGGCAAACGAGCUGUGGGUGUUGAGUUCAAGCCAAACCCUGCCUUCCAGAAGGAAGACAACACCGAUGUUCGAUGCGUCAAGGCCAGAAAGCUAGUAAUUAGCUCCUGUGGCGCUAUUGGGACCCCAUUGCUUCUCGAGAGGUCUGGCCUCGGCGACGAGGCCAUUCUCAACAAGGCUGGAGUUCCUGCUGUGGCCCAUAUCCCCGGAAUCGGCCGGGACUACCAGGAUCAUCAUCUCUUGAUUCAGGCAUACUACAGUGCCUUGGAGCCAACCGAGACGUUUGACGCCCCUCUUGCCGGUAGAAUCAACAUGGAAGAGUUAAUCAAAACCAAUGCGCCAAUCAUGGGGUGGAAUGGUCAAGAUGCGUCCUGCAAGCUGCGUCCCACCGAAGCGGAUGUCACUGCUCUUGGACCCGAAUUCGAGGCGGCAUACGCAAGAGAUUAUCGCUCCACUCCCAACAAGCCCAUGGCACUAAUGGCUUUGCUGGGCGGCUUCCCUGGUGAGCCACACACCAUUGAGUCAGGCCAAUACCUCGCGACGUCUUUGUUCACUGUCUACCCGUACGCUAGAGGUCACGUCCACAUCACAAGCCCCGAUCCCGAUGCGGAUAUUUCGUUUGAGACUGGAUUCUUGAAGAGUGAUUUGGAUGUCAAGAAGCUCAUCUGGGCGUACAAGAAGCAGCGAGAAAUCGUGCGCAGAAUGGGCGUUUAUCGCGGCGAGUUUGCGGGCAUGCAUCCGCCGUUCGCUGAGGAUUCGGCCGCCGCCCUUGUCAGGCUGGACAAGCCAAAUGACAAGAACAUCCCCGACAUCGAAUACACUGCGGAGGACGACAAGGUCAUUGAGGGCUGGGUGCGCAAGAAUGUUGGCACCACCUGGCACUCACUAGGUACUUGCAAGAUGGGCGCGCUUGCUGAUGGCGGCGUGGUUGAUCCCGAGCUUAAUGUUCAUGGGAUUGAGGGCUUGAAGCUCGUGGACCUGAGUAUCGUUCCUCAGAACAUUGGCGCAAAUGCGGCUACCACUGCUUAUGCCAUUGGUGAGAAGGCUGCUACUAUUAUUAUGAAGGACCUUGGGCUUGCUGGAAACGAGUGA